AACGACUUCGUUUUACCCCCGACCUAAACCACUCAUCAGUAAUACGAUUAUUUGCCAAAAUCCAACCGGUCUGUACAAUUUUCUCUGAAUAAUAGCGGAGUCGACAGAAGAAGAAGUUCAGAAGAACAUUCAAACAUGUUCGCAAUUGCUGCUAUCAAUGAUACGGACUCUAGAGGCCAGUGGGAACCCUUAGCUCCUACCAAAGAAGCCCAGGAAUUUCAUGUUUCACAAACGUAUCAUGAAGGGCUUCUCAAGUUACAAGCUAAAGAGUAUGAAAAGGCACGCGAGCUCUUAGAAUCUGUCCUAAGAGAUCCUCUUAUUGCGAGCGCUCAGGUGGAUAGCAGUGCCAGCGAUGGUCAUCUAUUGCAACUCAGAUUUUUGUCACUGAAGAACCUUGCCACUGUUUUUCUACAACAAGGUUCUGCACAUUAUGAGAGUGCUUUACAAUGUUAUCUUCAAGCUGUGGAGAUUGAUACCAAAGAUUCUGUUGUAUGGAACCAGCUGGGAACAUUGUCAUGCUCGAUGGGCUUACUGAGUAUAUCACGCUGGGGUUUUGAGCAAGGGCUUGUGUGCAGCCCUAAUAAUUGGAACUGCAUGGAGAAACUAUUGGAAGUUCUUAUUGCUAUUGGUGAUGAAGUGGCAUGUCUUUCUGUGGCAGAAUUGAUUUUGAGGCAUUGGCCAUCACACUCUCGUGCUUUGCAUGUCAAAAAUACCAUUGAAGAGUCAGAGCCGGUUCCAUUUGCUCCGAGAGGUAUAGAUAAGCUGGAACCUAAACAUGUGCGGCUCAAAUUCCUUGACAAGAGAAAAGCAGCCGAUGAGAAUUUAGAUGAAAGUGUUGCAUUGAAAAAGUUGAACCAGAACAUAGAACUGAACUUGGCAGAAGCUUCCUGGGUGGCUCUUGCUGAUGCACUUUUGGAAAUCUUACUUCCAUUGCAUGGAAGUGGUUCUGAGAUGGGGGCUGGGAAAGGAUAUAAAUCUGGGGAUCUCAGAUUAAGUAUACACUUAUCUUCUAGUUCUGAAAAUGUUAUGAGGACUGUGGAGAGGAAAGUGAUUGAUUUAAACUCGGUGAGUGAAAAUGUGUCUCUUGGUGAUUGUGACUCUGAAAGAGCUAGUAUAGUUAAAGAAAAAGAAGCAAAUAUUCUAGAAGAACAACCACAUGAGAGACGGAGUUCUCGUCUUGAAAGGCUUAGGAGUCGUAAACCAAGGAAAGAAGAAUUAGAUCCUGGUACUGGUAAGGAUUUAGCCAAGGUUGUAAAUCAAUAUCUAGAAUGUUUUAUUAUUGGUGGAACAGGAAUUAAAAGUACUGUUUGUGCUGCUACUUGUUCUAAUCCAUUGGAUACUGAAUAUAGUGAUGUUUCUAGAUUUGUGACAGAAACUUCAAAAAAUUAUGGUGCUUACCAUAUGGGCCACUUGUUUUUAGAAGAGGCAGCAAAAAGGGCUCUUGUCUAUCAGGAUGCAUUUGUCAAAUUGCUGGAGUUGGAGAAGUUGACCAGACAUUGGGGUAAGGAUAGGACUCCUGAAUGCAGUCUUUUUCUUGCUGAGCUUUAUUAUGACCUUGGCUCAUCCUUUUCCAGUGAUUCCAAACUGUUGGAAUUCAUGCCAGAGUCAUCUUAUCAUCUUUGUAAGAUCAUUGAAUCUGUAGCUUUGGACUAUCCUUUUCACUUGAGUUGCGCCUUGGAAAAUGAAAAUCAUUCAUCAAUUCAUAGUGUUCAAGAUAUUAUUGGAGUGUCAACCAAUAACUCCAUGAACAGGGAUUCAGUUAUAGAUAGUUCACUCAUAACCAAUAACAGUUCCUUCUGGGUACGAUUUUUCUGGUUAAGCGGCCGAUUGUCUAUUUUAGAUGGUAACAAGGAAAAAGCUCAGGAAGAAUUUUGCAUUUCCUUGUCACUUUUGGCAAAGGCGGAAAAUGUGACUGAUUGUCCAUGUGUAGUCAAGCUCCCGCACUGCAAGGUUAUUAAAGAGUUAACCGUUGAUAGGCUUCUUCAUGAAAUUAAUAUUUUAAAAGUUGAUUUCUUAAUGGAGAAGACAUUGGGUGACAUGAUUGAGAAAGAGAUGUAUAUGGAAUGUGCUACCUUGCUUGCUCCACUUAUGUUCUCGACAAAAGAUGUUCACCUUGAUGCAUUGCCUUCAGCCAUUGCGGAUACAAAAGGUGAAGGUAUUACUUCUCUUGAACUAUCAGCACUAGACAUUUUAAUCAAAGCUUGUGAGAAGAUAAACUCAAUGGACGUUGAGUUGUAUUUGAGUUGUCACAGGCGAAAGCUGCAGAUACUCAUGGUAGCAACUGGAAUGGGUGAAGGCCUGGCUUCAUGUAAGCGCUUCCACAAGUCAGGGUCAAAAGAACUUUCUGGUUCUGAUAUAGAAUUAAAAGAAAGUUCAAGCAAGCACUGGAAUUGCGUGGUUGCAGAGGAAGUGAGGGCAAUCUCUGAAUGUGUGUCACAUGUGAAGAGCAUCAUUGAUCAGUCUGAAAAUUCUAAUGACAUUAGUGUCCCAAUGAGCUGCAUUGGGGAUAUUCAAUCUUUGCUGUUGGCAGCCAUGGGCAAUGUUGCAAACUUGCUAAUAUGUAAAAAUUCUUCUGGACUGGUAAUUGCCGAAGAAGCUGAAAGAUGCUGCUUUGUUAAUGCAGCAAUUGCAUUCUGCAAACUUCAACACCUAAACCCUACUUUAACUGUUAAAACUCAAGUGGAACUAAUUGUUAGAACACAUGACUUGCUUGCUGAGUAUGGGCUCUGCUGUGCAAGUGAAGGAAGUGAUGGGGACGAAGGAACAUUUCUUAAAUUUGCAAUAAAGCAUCUCUUGGCCUUAGAUGUGAAGCUUAAAUCCAGCUUCAAUACUUUAAACAGGGAAGCAACUCAAUGUCAUGAGCAGGUCUCCCCUAGUAGUCUUGCUAAAACUUAUCUAAAUGAAUCAAGAUCAGCUAUGGUGGAUGUGGGAGUGGGUCAGACCCGAAGUGGUGAAACCAGUAUCAUGUAUACAUCUGAAGGGAUAACUUCCAAGGACAUUUCAUCUCAUAAUGCCCUAGAUAAGGAGAGUGCAGGGGUAGAAUAUGGAAAUCAAGGCAGUGAUGGAUCUGAUGGCCCGUUAAACAAAGGCAAAAAUGCAAGCAAUGAAUUGAUUGAAUGUGGAAAUGAACUUGCUGAAGAUGAAAGGGAGGAACUUGAGUUAAAAAUUGAUAAUGCAUUGGAUCAGUGUUUCUUCUGCUUAUAUGGUCUAAAUCUUAGAUCUGAUUCUUGCUAUGAAGAUGAUCUAGUUACCCACAAAAAUACUAGCCGUGGAGAUUACCAGACCAAGGAUCAGUGUGCUGAUGUUUUUCAGUAUAUUCUACCGUGUGCAAAGGCUUCUUCCAGAACUGGAUUGGUCAAACUUCGUAGGGUACUAAGAGCUAUACGGAAACACUUUCCACAUCCACCAGAAGAUGUUUUGGCUAGCAAUGCUAUAGAUAAAUUCUUGGAUGAUCCUGAUUUAUGUGAAGAUAAACUCUCAAAGGAGGCGGGAUCUGAUGGAUUUCUUGAAAUCAUGAAGAAGAUAAUAUUACCCGAUGCAAGUAGUCUCAAACAGUAUAAGGCAUCAUCAGUUGGGAGCUCUGAGCCAUAUUUGGAAGUCUAUUGCAAUUUGUAUUAUCUCCUGGCUCAGUCUGAGGAAAUGAGUGCAACUGAUAAAUGGCCUGGCUUUGUACUAACAAGGGAAGGGGAGGAAUUUGUACAGCAAAAUGCAAAUCUCUUCAAAUAUGAUUUAUUAUAUAACCCUCUACGCUUCGAAAGUUGGCAACGUCUUGCAAAUUUUUAUGAUGAGGAGGUAGACUUGUUGCUAAAUGAUGGCAGUAAGCACAUUAAUGUAGUAGGAUGGAGGAAGAAUGCCACUUUACCUCAGAGAGUUGAGACAUGCCGAAGGAGGAGUAGGCGAUGCUUAUUAAUGAGUUUGGCUUUGGCAAAGACGUCAGAUCAGCAGUGUGAGAUGCAUGAAUUAUUAGCGUUGGUAUACUACGACAGCCUUCAGAAUGUGGUCCCAUUUUAUGAUCAGCGCUCCGUUGUACCUUUGAAGGAUGCAGCAUGGAUGAUGUUCUGUGAGAACUCUAUGACACAUUUUAAGAAAGCCUUUGAACACAAGCAAGAUUGGUCCCAUGCAUUCUAUAUCGGGAAACUCUGUGAAAAGCUUGGAUACUCACAUGAGAUAUCAUUGUCAUAUUAUGAUAAGGCUAUUGCUUUGAAUCCAUCAGCAGUGGACCCUGUCUACAGGAUGCAUGCAUCGCGCUUGAAGUUACUUUAUACAUGUGGAAAACAGAAUCUGGAGGCUUUAAAGGUUCUUUCAGAAUAUUCCUUUAAUCAGUCGGUAAGGGAUGCUGUCAUGAAUAUCUUUGGUAAAAUGGGUUCUGAAACAGCACACUCGCCGGUACAUAUGAAGGACAGCACACAAGCCUAUGCAGAUGAGGUUAAGCAUGAAAAAUCACUUAAAUUGGAGGAGGCAUGGUGCAUGCUUUACAAUGAUUGCCUUUCAGCCCUUGAAACUUGUGUUGAAGGGGAUCUUAAACAUUUUCACAAGGCCAGAUAUAUGCUAGCUCAAGGGCUGUAUAAAAGGGGUGAGAGUGGCGAUUUGGAGAGGGCAAAGGAUGAACUCUCUUUCUGCUUCAAAUCAUCUCGCUCAUCCUUUACAAUAAAUAUGUGGGAGAUUGAUAGCAUGGUAAAAAAAGGAAGGCGAAAAACUCAAGGUUUUGCUGGGAGCAAAAAGGUCCUUGAAGUCAACUUACCAGAGAGUUCUCGAAAAUUUAUUACUUGCAUCCGGAAGUACAUGCUGUUCUAUUUGAAAUUGUUGGAAGAGACUGGAGACAUAUGUACCCUUGAUCGAGCUUAUAUAUCUCUUCGGGCAGAUAAGAGGUUUUCAUUGUGCAUCGAAGAUCUUGUUCCAGUUGCACUUGGGAGGCACAUUAAAGCCUUAAUUUUAUCCAUGCAUCAAGCUGAGACUGUUGGCUUUGGUGCUGCAAGAAGUUCAGAGCAUGUUCUGGAGAAAUUGUUUGCUUUAUUCAUGGAACAGGGGAACUUAUGGCCAGAAAUAUGUGGUUUACCUGAGAUUAAGAGCAAAGAAAUAUCAGAGAGCAGCUUAUAUGGAUAUCUCCAUGAACAUAUCAUGUCAUUGGAGAGAAAUGGCAAGCUGGAAACUCUUGAAGUAAUAAAUGAGAAGAUUCGAAAGCGUUUUAAGAAUCCGAAGUUAUCAACUAGUAGCUGUGCAAAAGUUUGUCGGCAUGCUUCUGUUGCUUGGUGUCGAUCCCUUAUAAUAAGUUUGGCGUUGAUCACUCCAUUACCAUCUGAAUUUUCAAGUGAUAUUCCAUCCAUUAUCAAUCCAUCAGAUGCAUGGUUGGAAAACAGCCAUCUACUUUGUGUUGAUCUGCAAAUGAAUGAUUUAUGGAAUUCAGCAUUUGAAGACUCAACUAAAUUAAAAAAUCUUGAAACAAAAUGUCAGCCUAUUUUGUCUAAAAUCAAGAAUAUAAUGAUUAAGAAAGCUUCAGAUGAAAAUUUGGAGACUGCCAACGCAUUGCUGAGAUCUUCUUACAAUUUCUAUCGGGAGAGCUCCUGUGUAAUGCUCCCAUCUGGCGUCAAUCUUUAUUUGGUCUUGUCUCGGUUAGCAGCAGGAACACAAUUUCAGCCAAGCAUGGAUGGGGUUGAAAUACUUGAUCUGAGCAUGCCAAGGAAGCUUCUCUUGUGGGCCUACACACUAUCGCAUGGUCGUUAUGCAAGCAUUUCAGUUGUUGUAAAGCAUUGUGAAGAAAAUGCAAAGUCAAAGAUGAAAAAAGGAGCUGGAACCUCAUCCUCACCCAUAAAUAUGCCUAGUACCGCCACUACUCAUACAGGUGCUGGGAAAGAUGGAGCACGCCAUGGUGGAGGCAGUGAUGUGGAGGCUGCUCCAGUGACGGCAGUGACAUCUCCUCUGUCAUCUGAGGGUGAUACCAGACACUCGGUGAAUUCACUACCACCUUCUAGCGAGAAUCAGAAGGGUUUAUCUGCUGCCCCACAACUGCAUCCCUGUAAAAACACUCUUGCAGAGCGGAGCAAUUGGAUGGGUCGUGAAGGAGGAGAUUCAGACAAAAGUUGACUUCUUAUCAGUGAACUGCAUCUAACUGAUUGUUGUAGAUCGCAACAUCUAAAUGCCGUUGUAGAAAAUAGUAUGUCAUGCGUUGUAAGAGAGGAACAAGUUAGGAACUAUAGGAUAUGUAAGCACUGCUAGUGCGCAAGAUGAUGCUUGGAAGCUUCAGAUGCUUUGCCACUGCCUCGGCAAAAUACAUGUAUUCAUCAUAUGUGAUGCAGGCAAUCUCAUAAUGACGCUCCUUUGUUUCCAUCAUCAGGGCCGGUGAUUCCUGGAGUGGAGCUUUGCAGUUGCUGUCGAAACCCAAUCUCACAUCUAUAAAGUUCUCAGAGGAGACGUUGCGAUCAGAGAAGCCGUCUACUACGGUUAGGAAAUUGAAAUCAGGGUGGUUUAAUGUGUUGGGGAAGUUGAAUUGGGUGUGAGCGAUUGUGAUGUAGUAGAGUUGAAAUGCAUAUUUUAGACGGGUAUAGUGUAAUCUGAAUCAAUUACUUUUAUAUCUGUAUAUUUUAGACGAGUAUGCAUGGGUGCAUAUAAUCUGAGAAAUAUGUUAUUUCACUUUA